CAGUGUUCAUCGUAUUUUUUUGGGAAUUCGUUUUUUUGUUUUCAAAUAAAAGUUGGACUCGCUUAAAAGUAUGUAAAUUCUGUUAUUUGUUAAUUUCGGGGACAGCCUGAGAUAAACGUACCGAAUUCCAGGAGAGGAAAAGGAAAACUUAAAAAUACAAUGACAAUGGAGGACCCUACUUUUACUUUAUGCCAAUUCAACUGACUUCAGUGGUCAGCGUGCCUCUUAAGUUUUACUUCUAGAGGCCCAGAGAGUUGCAAAAUGUCAAGUUCUGCGAAUGAAGAUCGGGAGCAGAGGAAAACUGAGAACAUGGAAAAAUCAGAUUUAAUGACAAUCGAAUUUCUACGAGCAAGAUUGUUAACUGAAAGAUCUGUCUCAAAGACGGCAAGGGAAAGAGCUAGCGAGCUGGCCAAUAGGGUGGCAGAACUUGAAGAGCAGCUAAAGUUUGUAUCUCUCCAGAGAGAAAAGGCUGAAAAGGCAACAUCAGAUAUUCUUGUAAUUCUGAAAAACCAUGAAAUAGGUGAUGUAUCCGAGGAAUUUGAUUCAUCUUCGGAGCAUGAGGAAAAGUCCCAGGACUUUGAGGCUCAUAAUGGUUCUUUGACAAUGGAAGAAACUUCAACCAACUUGAAAUCAAGAAAUAAUGAAAAGGAGGCAUAUUCCAGUUCUGAAAUUGAAUCUUCUCCAUCCACUGGUAGAAGCUUGUCCUGGAAAAGUACUAGAGAUUCUCAGCAAUCCCUUGAGAAGAAGAAAUACAUGGAUCCCGUCAGGAGAAGAGCUAGUUUUUCAUCUAAUAGCUCAUCAUCAAGAAGGGUCGGUAAAUCAUGUCGCAGGAUAAGGCGCAGAGACACUAGAUCAAUAGAAGAGUUACAGAAUGACGGCAUUGAGAAGACCACAUACUCCAAAGGCUCUUCAAACUGCUCUGAUGGCGAAGCCGUUGCAUCACCAGAAAGUUCUGGAUAUCCUAAUGGGAAAAACCCUCUGGAAAACCCAGUUUCAGGGCGAAGUAAUGGAACCCAACAAGUUAAUGGCCACUAUUUUAGUGUACCAGAAAAUGGCAAAGACAAAGACAUGGAAAGUGCACUGUUGCAUCAGGCACAGCUCAUCUGUCGAUAUGAAGAAGAGGAGAAGGCCCAAAGAGAAUGGGAAGAGAAGUUCAGAGAGAAUAACAGUGGCACACAGGAUUCAGGUGACCCCGGUAACUACUCGGAUGUGACUGAAGAACGAUACGAGACAAAGUCACCCGAGCCGUCGCAUGCUGCCAGGACAUUGGCUUCAGACAAUCAACAAGUGAAGCAACAGCCAGCUGACGCUUCUGUCAGUGAACCCCCCCAGACUUCCAAAGUUUCACCACCUGCACCAGACGACGACAAGGGAAGCUUGCAGGAUGAGAAAUACAGCACCAGCAUAGCUGCCCCCGAAUCUUCAGCAUCGGAGUUUUCAUUUCCCAAGUCACAGAGAAGUCUUGAAGACUUCUCAGGAAGAGCAGAUGAGACAUCCAGACACAGAUCCCAAAAAUAUCUCCCCUCGGACCACGCACCAGGAAAGGCAUCUCAGUCUUAUGCAGGAAAAUCCUUUGAGCUUGCAGUCGUGCCUCAAGAAACUUCUACUAGCUUAGGAUCUGUCCUGGAAGCACUUCAGCGUGCCAAACUAUCACUGAGCGAGAAGCUUAGUAGCUCGCCUCAGUUAGCAGAAGUAAAGUCUGGCAAUGCCAUUCAACCUCCCAACGCCUACACAAACACAGUGGACGACUUCCAGAUUCCCUUCGGAACCCCUGGUCUUUUCAGAUUGCCAACGGAUUAUCAAUAUGAAGCAACUGCUAGAGUCAAUCCUGGCAUCGGUGCGCGACAAAGUUUUUCCAACUUUCCCCAUGAGUUUGCUGCUGAUAGGUUCCUCACCGAACCAUAUGUAGAGCCAAGAAGUGCCGCAUCAGGUGACCUAUUCCGCAGUGCUCCCAGCAGAAGCUUAACUCCAGAAAUGAGGUCUGCUGCAGCUCCUCCGCGGAGGUUUCUCAGCCAGCCUCAGCUAGGGGAAGGCGCCCCCGGCCCUUCUCCCUCAACGAACCAUCUUGAUCCUCUUGUUCCACCACCUCAAGAAUUGUAUCCAUUUUUCCCAUACAUCUCGAUUCCCAAUAUUCCUUUGAACGAGGAAGAGAUUUCAAGAACCUCGCUGAGCUCCGAAAAAGGGCUACCGCCAUUCAUGCGCUUGUCUUCCUAUGAUGGACAAGCCGGACCAAGCAUGUACAGGUAGCCUGUGAUCAAGAAUUGCUUCUUUUGGCGGGUAUGGGUUAUUACAUAACUAUUUUUGCUUCUCUUUAACUUAAUUAUAUCUAGAUAAGUUAAGAAACUGUUUCUGGGAGUGAACAUCUUGUGUUUAUUGUAGUAAAUAGGAUUGUACCACGAUCAGCCUGUUUAGUUCUGUUACUGUAGAGAGCAGGAUUGAUACAUAUGUUGUAUAUGCUCAUUUUGAGCAAUGAAGAGUUUCUUCUGUUGUAUAAUAUAUCUACAAACAA